AUGUCAAUCGAUUUUACUUCAAACAACGGCUACGUCCAGGUUGGGCUCAGCCAUGGUAACAUUUAUAUAUUUACCGAACCGAAAUCAGUCACUCAUUCCGAAGACACACUCGUUUCCAAUGUUAGAGGUGGCAUCGAUGCUGCCACUAGACUAGCCCUGGACCAGGCUCUGGUCAAAGCUCAAAGAUGCCUCGAUAUGGUUCAGCACUAUGUAUCUCAGCAUCCGCAAAUCGUUGGAGUUGUGAAACGACUGGGAAGUCAUCUUUUGAACCUCGAAGGCCUCCUUUCAAAUUGUAUGAGUUAG